CACUAUCAACAUCUUUAACAACACUGUGUACAUGAUGACAGCAUGCUUCAUGGGACUUGUUGCCUACGCUUACUACUCAGUGAAUAUGUGUGACCCACUAAAUGCUGGCUUCAUCAGGAACAAAAAUCAGCUGAUGCCGUACUUCAUCAUGGACAUCUUCCAAGACAUCCCUGGUAUGCCAGGCCUAUUCCUGGCCACCUUACUCAGCGCUGCACUCAGUUCCUUCUCUUCCGUUCUCAACGGCCUUGCAACUAACACUAUAGAGGAUCUCCUGCAGCCGCUGUUUGACAAAUACUCUACAACAGAGAAGGUUAAACUGCUGGUUGCCAAAACAUCAGUUUUCUUCUUCGGUUUUCUGUCCGUUGGAUUGAGCUUCCUUGCCAAUUCUCUUCCUGGAACCGUCAUGCAGGCUUCUAUGGCGUUGGUGGGAUCGUGUGCCGGGCCAUUAGUUGGGAUUUUCUUUCUUUCUGCCAUGGUUCCUUGGGCCAAUAAACUAGGGGCUACUUGUGGAGUGUUGAUGUCGCUCGUGCUGAACACGUGGAUCGCUAUCUGCGGCGCCCUGUACGGACGUAGACCUGUACCACUUCCGCCGGUGCCCGGUAACUCCUGCAAGGUCGAUGGCAUAGUCAACACAACAAACAUGCAGGUGUUUAACAUGGAGGACAUGUCGACUACAGCAGAUUAUACAUCAACGUCAGCCUGGACCACCACUGAAAGUUCCACCGUGUUCUCUGGUGACAACCCACUCUACAAUAUUUCUUACCUCUACUACGCCUUGACUGGAUGUUUGAUGGCCUUUGUUGUGGGACUGGUCGUCAGUUUGGCUACACGACACAGAUAUUCCCCGCUAGCUGACGAGAGAGUAUUGUUUACUUGUAUGAGGAAAUGCGCUGAUACCAGAGAAGCAGAUAACUCGGACAAACGAGAAGCGAAAAAUAUAUUUGAGAUGAAGCUGAUGGAUGAUGGUGAAAACCAGUGUGUGCCUACUCUGUCAUCCUUGUCAACAACUACAAGCUUUUCCCCUGUAGAACAUACAUUGUAAAUAACACGAACAUUGUGUUCACGUUUCACAGCAAGACUGCUUACAAUCACGCCUUCACCAACAAAUACCUGGUUCAGGCUAUUCCAGGUUAUUAGUUGUUUCUUUGGUGGUUACCGCCGCACUCAGCAAUAUUCCAGCUAUAUGGCGACGGUCUGUAAAUAUUCGAGUCUGGACCCGACAAUCCAGUGAUCAACAGCAUGAGCAUCAAUCUACGCAACUGGGAUACAAUUACACGUGUCAAGCACGUCAACGCGUAGGGAUACCCGAUCCCGUUUGUCGCGUCAUACGUCAGGUAUGGGUUGCGGAAGAUCAAUUCUAAGAGGGGUAUUAUUAGCUGUAGACAUUCAGAAGACUGUUAAAAAUAAUGGUAUCCGGUGCCAUCCAAUUUUCACAUCCCUACUUUUAAAUUCAAAUUGUGUAAAUGGUAGAUGCAGAACAGGACGUGCCUAUCCUUAUUGCAAACACCUGGUGUCAUAUCCAUUCAUAUAUAAUAUUAUAUAUUCCGCUUAAUUACAUGAUGUAUUUGUAUAUUCGUAUUUGAUUCACUGACAACAUCAACUUAAUACUGCCAUCCGUAUAUUUGAAACUGAGUGAACAGAAUGUCACUUAGAAAGUGGUCAAGUGUAACAUAUACAUUGUACUCUUAAAAAAGUAGGGGAACUUCAUUUUUAAUUUACAAUUG